CUAAUUUCUCAAUUUUUCAGAAUUUUGGUGGUUUUAAACGAAAAAAUUCUGUUGAUGAGAUUUCAACAACUAGUUAAAUUCCUAAGCAGAUUUAAAGGUCGUAGAAUUCGACAAAAUUUGGAUACGACCCAUAUGGAGACCAAAAACUUGGUGAAGGAGGGGAAAGCAGAGGUACUGUACCCCCCGUAUGUGUUCUAUAACCCUGUCCAGGAAUUCAACAGAGACUUAACUAUUGCUGUUAUCUCUCAGUUUGCAAAAGAAAAACUUAUGUCACACCAGGGAACCAAUUCCACAGUCAAAAAUGAGGGAAAGGGUUCUUUAGACUCAGAGGACCAGAUAAAGAGUUCAGAAAAUGAGGAUGCAUUAGUAGCGGGAAAGUGUUAUGACAAAGGACUCCGAGUUUUAGAAGGACUUGCAGCCUCUGGAUUGCGCUCAGUUCGAUUUGGAUUAGAAAUUCCAGGUGUCAAAGAAAUUGUUGCAAAUGACUUUGAUAAAUCAGCAGUUGAAAUCAUCAAGAAAAACAUAGAACUGAACAAAAUGGAACAUUUAAUAAAAGCCAACUAUGGAGAUGCAGCCAUGGUGAUGUAUCAAAAUAGGGAGAAGGAAAAUAGAUUUGAUGUUAUUGACCUUGAUCCCUAUGGCAGUCCUCAUCUAUUUUUAGAUGCUGCUGUUCAAGCAGUCAGUGAUGGCGGACUUCUUUGUAUCACCUGCACUGAUGCUGCUGUCCUGUGUGGCAAUACACCAGAGACCUGUCACUCUAAGUAUGGCAGUGUCUCCCUGAGGACUAAGUAUUGUCAUGAAAUGGCACUGAGGAUUAUAUUGAGAAGCGUGGAAUCUCAUGCCAACAGAUACUCUCGCUAUACUGAGCCCCUUUUGUCUGUUAGUGUGGACUUUUAUUUCAGAGUGUUUGUCAGGGUGUACAGUGGUCAGGGGAAGGUCAAGAGGUCACUGAGUAAACUCUCUACUGUGUAUCACUGUGUAGGAUGUGGCAGCUUCCAGUUACAGAGAAUGGGUCACAUGAUCCCUACAAAAGGAGUGGGCAAUUACAAGUACACUGCAGGAAAUGGCCCAGUUGUAAAGGAAUCCUGUGAAAAUUGUGGCUUCAGAUACACUGUGGGAGGCCCAGUAUGGGCUGAGGAGAUGCAUUACCCAGACUUUGUACAGAGGGUAAUUGACAGUGUUGAAAAAGAAAAGGAGAAAUUUAAAACAGCAAAAAGAAUUGUGGGAAUGUUAAGUGUGAUUAAGGAGGAACUACAUGACAUACCAUUUUAUUACACAAUGGAUGGGCUUUGUGGUGUAUUACAUUGUGAAAUGUUGAGCUUUCCAGCCUUGAGAUCAGCAUUUUUAAAUUCAGGCCACAGAGUUUCUCUUUCUCAUUGUGCUAAAGACUCAAUUAAAACAGAUGCUCCUUCUUCAUUUGUCUGGGAUGUUAUGAGAGCAUGGACGAAAGAGAAACCUGUAAAGGAGCGCCAUCUACAGGACAAUACACCAUGUAAAGCUAUCCUCAGUAAACCAUGCACUAAUGAAGUGUCAUUUGAGCUGCAUCCCAAUUCCAACCCUGAAUCCAGACUGAAAGGUUUAACACGAUGGCAGACCAACCCUGAGAAGAACUGGGGCCCUAAGCCAAGGGCUAAGAGAAAGAUUGAGGACAAAAAUAAUGGUGGCACUACAGAAAGCAAAAAGGCAAAGGAGAAUCAGCAUGUGGCAUCUUCUUCUGAUGGAGAGAAAGAUAGCAGACCCUGCCGUCAUUUUCAGAGAGGACGUUGUAAACGAGGGGAUUCUUGUAAAUUUGUCCACUGAGAAAUUCCACUUCUUGCUAUUUUGUCACCUUCUUACCAUUAUGAACAGUUCAUGAUACUGAAGUGACAUUUAUUUCUAUGAUCAACAAGUUAUUCAAGCUAUUACAAAUUGUUAGUUCACUGAUUUUUUAAUAAAUUCAACAUUUUUUUCACA